GGAUAAAACCAGCACGAUCCGGCAGGAUAACUACUCGCCCACCGAGCAGGACAUUCUGCGGUGUCGAGUGCUCACCUCCGGCAUCUUUGAAACCAAGUUCCAAGUGGACAAAGUAAACUUCCACAUGUUCGACGUCGGAGGCCAGCGCGACGAGCGACGGAAGUGGAUCCAGUGCUUCAACGACGUCACGGCCAUCAUCUUCGUCACGGCCUGCAGCAGCUACAACAUGGUCCUGCGUGAAGACCCCAGCCAGAACCGGCUGAAGGAAUCGCUUGAUCUCUUCAGAAGCAUAUGGAAUAAUAGGUGGUUGAGGACCAUCUCGGUGAUCCUCUUCCUGAACAAGCAGGACCUGCUGGAAGAGAAGGUGCGCGCCGGUAAGUCGAAGCUGGAGGACUACUUCGCCGACUUUGCCCGCUACACCACGCCGCUGGACGCGCACGUCGAGGAUGGCGAGGAGGCCAACGUUGUCCGCGCCAAGUACUUCAUCCGAGACGAGUUCCUGCGCAUCAGCACGGCGAGCGGCGACGGCAAGCACUACUGUUACCCGCACUUCACCUGCGCCGUCGACACGGAGAACAUCCGGCGGGUGUUCAACGACUGCAGGGACAUUAUCCAGCGCAUGCACCUGCGCCAGUACGAGCUGUUGUGACCUGGGUCCGACGCCGUGCUGCCGGCGGCCCGCCCGCCCCGGCCAUCCGUGAUAGCCGCUACACACCGGCAGCGACUGGGUGUGAAUCAAAACGGUAGACGGCCUGCGUGCGCGCGUGGGGGUGCGUGGGCGCGAGUGUGACGACGCGUUUGGUGCGAACUGCCCGGCGUCGCGGCAGCCAGGCCUGCCGCCGCCACCACCGCUCUUAGUAGGCACGUUGAAUUCCAGUCAAGAUUAGUGAGUAAACAUUGUAAAUGCUCUCGUUGAUGUUUUGUAAAAUCUUUAUCGCGCUGCCCGCCGGCGCCGGCGCGCCGAUGGAGCUGCCGCCUGGUGAGCGCGGCCGGCACUGAGGAGGGAGCCA